AUGGAGGACACGUCACUGCGCACGAUGCCUCCUCAUCAUUCCUCCCUGUCAUCCCCUCCACAUCCUCCCCCAUCCCCACUCCUCCAUCUUCCUUCGCAGCUCAAGCCUUGCCCGUCUCGAAGCGUCAUCAUCUCCCGACAACAUCUCAGGACGAUCCAACGGAGCAACCUCGUCGCGACAUCCUCGCAGAGCAGAGAUUCGCACGGCUCUCCUGUUUAUAGAACUAGCGCCGUCCCAACGCAGCCGAGCGAAGUGCAUGGGCAGGUGAGCUGCCCGGUCCGCGUCCAGUACUUGGCCAAAAGAAUCAGGGCGGUGCCCGCCAGGGACAGGGUCGAGUUCGUCCGCCUCCUACGGCGUGAUGGGCAGAUGGGGAGCUUGUCCGGGGCCAAUGAUCUGCUCGCGGCUCUGGCCGUGGCGCGCGAGCCCAACGUCGCAUUGCAGGUGUUCAACGAAAUGCCGGCUCACGGGUUGGUCCCGGACACGUGGACGUUUUCGACCCUGAUCGUCUGCCACUGUCUGAAGAACAGUUUAGAUGAUGCUACGCGGAUCUUGGACUUCAUGGUGGAGAAUGAGCUCUGCCCGAGCGUGGCGACUUUCACGACCCUGGUGAAUUCGUUCUGCAGAAAGGGCGAAAUGCAGAAGGCUUUUGCCUUUCGAAGUCCCUCUUUCCAACAGCAUAUGUAG